GCAACGGGUUAGGGCAGUUGUUGCAAAUUGUUUUGUGGGAUUUCUGCGCAAUUUCUUCUACUUAAUCCGGUUAGUGAGUUCACAACAAAUUGAUCAUUUUCAACAAAGUGUGAAUUCAUUUGUCAUUGUUUUGAUUGCAUUUGUAUUUCUUUGUUUUGUUUUGAUUGUUUACGAAUGUUUUUUUUCUCCCCGCAAAUUUGAGUGGUAUUGAAGAUCCAAUUGUUUUUAUCUACAACUGUGUCCAUCUAAGAACCUUGGCAAUCAUGUACUGCACCAGUUUCGUAUUAUGAUCUAAGUAUUGAAAUGUAUUUUCUACUAAAGUAAAUGGUAGUCGAUGAUGACGAUGGCGUCUCUUGGUUUUAGUGCUUGCUCUUUAGUUGUGCCGCAACAGAUACAGAUCGCUGUAGUUGUGUCGUCUCAGCAGACUGCUGAAUCGACGCUUGCAGUGAGUUCCUUGCUCGACUCCUCUCGGGUCAACAAGGGUUCUUCUGCCAACCGCUGCUGAAUAACUGCCAAGGACAAGGACGCGCAAGAAGACCCAGGAAUAUUUGAAGUAGAAAAAGACGACCACGACUUCAACACUUAUUUUUUUCAAAAAUUUGAGGAUCUACCACGCGAUCACGGUCUGCUGCAACGACCCCUGCGACGACUGCGACACGACGACCAACAACACGCUUUUUUUUUCGUCGAACGAUAGAAGACAAUUUUUUAAAUUUAUUUCGCAACGUGAAACAACUGAACGAUCGAUCGAGCAUCGUUAAAAAGAACGAGCUUUUAUUUUAACCCUCCCAGACAUCGACAUCACAAUGGCGCCAGUUCAAGAAGCGUCGCCUGCGCGCUCCGCCAGAGCUUCUCCACGAAGCUCUCGCUCGACAGGCCUCUACGAUGAUGACUACAUCGAAAAAGUCCACACCAACUACAUGUUGGAUAACAAUUACCAGUACGGUGGAGAACGACAAGAAGGUGAAGACUAUCACUAUGAUGAAGAUGAAGAUGGUGAACAAGUCUAUGGUGGAGGUCAUAAGUCAGGAUUGAGACAACGAUCUUCGAGAACGCUCAGAUCGAGGAUCUCGCAAAGAGCCUCGGUCUAUUCGGGUGCGGAUGAAAUAGGUAACUACACUUAUACAGGAGCAGCUAAUUCUUGUUUGACCUAGUGCCUUAGUACAUUUUUUGUUGAAUCGAGAUAAAGUUGAACCGGUACCGCGUUAAGGCUCAUACCGAAACGAACCUUCAUCAACCAUUUUUUUUACCCAGCUUCAAUCUCCAAAACCCCCACUGCAGUUCUCGAAGAAGUGAUCGACGAAACGUCAUCUGGUAGGGAAGAGAAGAAGGAGAAAUUCGACAUAUCAGAGAUCCCAGCUUCUUGUGGAUUCCUCAUUCCACUAGUGAUUGUCUUUUUCACGCUGUAUGUGCUCCAAACGUUUGCCUUCAGCAUGAUGAAAUCCAACGGUCUGCCAUGGAUCGGCGAGGCAGGAGCGAAAGAAGAGAACUUGGAAGACAAGUACGACAGGCUUUUUUACGACUCUCAUUCUAGUGAUACAAAACGACCCAAAAUCCGAAUCCUAAUUUUCCACAAUAUCUCCAUAACAUCAUUGUAUUUCUUGCUGCCUCGCUAUCAUCACGACCUUGUUCAUCUUUAGACGUAAACAAUUCGCUUCCCUCCUUCCAACAGGUACAAAGCUCCGCCAAAACAAAUGUGGGCAUUGACACAAGACAUUCCUGGCUACCUCGCGAUGUGCUUCGUCAUCUUUCUGCCAUGUACUACUACUUUUUGAUUUUCUUCCUAUAAGUAACAACUGUUAAGUAGUCUGAGUCUUCAUUUUCUUAGUAAAAAUCUCAAACUUGCAGUAAACUCCCUCUCCAUGAUCAAACAACCUUAAUUUUUUAACCAAAACAUCAAUUAUUUUUACAGGUAAGAAGACGAUAUGGGACCUCACUAAAGGACAAGUGUUUCGCGCCAUGAUCAUUGCUCCCGCUGAUCUCUGUUCGCAAGUUCUGGCGAAAAACGGUCUUGCUCUCACUUCUCCAGCCAUGUAUACCAUCUUCAGUUCCGGUGGCUCCAUCCUUUUCACCGCUCUCGCUGCACGGUUUAUCGUAGGGAAGAAGUUUAACAUCUUCAUGUGGUUGGGACUGACGGUGAUGAUUUCAGGCGUAGCGACGUAUGGGAUGAGCAAACAAGGAUCGAACGCAAAUAUCGCAAAUUUGGUGCUGGGAACGAUUCUAAUCCUCAUCGGCAGCGUCGCAGAUGGCGUAACGUUUGUCUUGAUCGAGAAAUUUUCAAAUGACGGACGUGAAGAAAUCCCCGGCCCUUUGCUUACGGCAAUCAUGGGAGGAACCAACCUUCUACUACUUCUCAUUUGGCAGUGUGUGUACGUCUUCCCGCAAUGGGAUGCGAUGUUUUCGGAGCCGUUGCACUACUUGCAACUAAAAAGUGUGGCUACCCGGUAUCACGACUACUUGGAAGAGGCAAUAGCGAACGCUUCCUAUCUGCCGACACAAAGAGCACAACUGACGUCCUUCAAAACAGCCCUAGAGGCUCCGGGAGUAGUAUUGCGAAUGGGAGAGUCCAGAACAACAGCGAAGCCUCUAGGUGAUGUGCUCAGCAACGUGAAUGCUGCAGCUGCAGGACUAGUGAAUUCGAACGGUGGAAAUCAAAAUGGAACAGCCGCCCCUUCACCUGCUCAGGGUGCAGCUGCUUCUGUCGUGGCUGGCGCACAGAGUUCUUUGCUGGGUCCAAACGGAGAUCUUCUUUCUCCCACUGGCGAGCCGCUGAAUUUCGGCCCUCACUUUGGUCUAGCGCAGAAUAUCCUCGUUGGUUUCAUGUUCCUCUUUGUUGCGGGCAUCAUUGUGCGUGCGUCCACCAUGUACAUGCUAAAACAAGUUGGCGCAGUCACGUUCGUGGUGAUCAAACUGAUGAAGAUUGGAGUCAUGUACUUGCUUUCUUCGCCAGCGAUGGGAUGGGUCAAUUGGUCUUGGUGGCCUAAGAUAGAAGCGUUCAAUUGGACCAGCUUCUCUGGUGCGAUGCUAGUGACUGUGGGCGUUGGCUUGUACUCAGCGGCCAAAAUCAAACAGAAGAAAGAAGACCACAUCAAGGAUGAAGAGGUGGAAGAAGAUCAAUUCUUGGAAGGCGGAGAUGUAGAAGAUCAAUGGAAGAUGGAAGAGGGACAAGGUCGUGGACCAGAGGAUGUUGUAAUUAAGGAAGGUAUAACUUCCAUUGCAGGACGAGAAGGUAUUGCAGAUGCUGAAGAGAUGAAACGUCAACGACAAAGAGAAAGAGAACAAAUGAAUGUCAAAGUCGACAUAGGAGGUCAUGGUCGUGGUCAUCAACUUGUUCCUAGCAAUAGCAGGUCGUCCUUCACAUCUUCACCCUCUCUACCGACUGGCUUGAAUACAGCUACGAAUCAUAGAAAUGGCGACAACAUCGUACAAGUGGAAGCCGACUCUGAUUCAGACCUAGAAGAAAGAGCAUUGCUCUUUGAGGACGAUCCUAGAGGUGACCCUCUUACGCAGGUUGUGCAAGGAAAGCCGACAUCGUGGCCGAGAACUGGUGCUUCAUCACUCAGAAAGGGAAAUAGCAACAAGAGUUUGGCUAGCAUGAAAAAACAGCCACAUCAGGGCUCUAGCACGAUUUCACUCCUUGAUAUUCCAACCAGCACGAGUGGUGGCGUUCCAAAUACGUCGGCUAAGAAACAGCAACAACAAGAAACCAGUAACCCUCUCGAUUUCAUCGAUCAAGCUACAGCGAGUAGACGGAGUUCUUGCAUCGCUGUGCUGCCACCAGAUCAACUACAGAACAGCACUAAGGUCGUCCAACAGGCAGUGCCCAAUAAUGUUGACGUAAAUUCCAAACUCCAACAUGAAAUGUCCAAUGACGUAUGCACUAUGACGCCUACUCCUACGACGACCGCGUCCUCGCCCCAGGACUCGCCAGCCUCUAGUCUGCCUGUCGCAGAAGCUACAGAUUUGUGCCUCAGAAACUUUGACGGCGGAGGACCUGCUGGUGGUUUUCCGACUUCUGCUGGUGGCUUCCCGACUGCUGACGGUGGGGAAAACUGAUUUUUUGAUGAUCAUUUGAAUACAACUUCUUCCGCGAUCUUCUUUUUCUUCUGAUUGCAUGCUGUGCGUGGUUUACUGUACGGCACAUAUCAUAUGGGCAAACUACGUGUCUGCAUUGUGCAGUUUCUGGUAAAUCCAAUUUACGAAUAUCAUUCCGUCAAAAAUGCGCCGAGUCAAAGCCACUCGACCAUAUUAGCUGGAACGACAAAGAGGAUCUGCGCCUGCGGCAUUUUUAAUAUUGCUCAUUACAAAAUCUAAAUCAAAAUUUAUAACUACUUAUUUAUUUCAGAGUAGAGCUGAUGUCAUCUCGACUACGUUUUUCGUCUCGUAAUUGGGGUGACAUUGGCUCCCCCGAUCUAAUUUAUUAUUCAUCAUGUUUUCAGAAGGAUUGUCUUCCUCUGCUCCAAACAAAGUCAACCCCAUAUACCGGGUCUGGCUUAUUUAGAUUUGGAUAAGAGGAGUAGGAGGAGAUAGGAAGGAGGUGUGGGAUACAGAUGGUAAGAAUGGUUUACAGUGGUUGGUGUAAUUUAUCUUAGUUAGUAAUGUUAGUUUGAAAAUGUUGUUGUCAAGAUGAAGGAACAACUCUGAUUAUCGUAUCCCGACGCGGGGAUGCUGAGCAGGCGUUCUUUUCAACCAUAAAUGAUGUUAAUGUUCUAAUUUGUCGUCCCCUUAGCGUGUCGUCGCUAAUGGAUCGAAUAGCCCAUGCUUACACUACGAGGGGAUGAAUAUGAUUACUUUGAUUGUCUAUUAUCGAUUAGUUGCACCACUAACUGUCAUGACCACCAAGGAGUUGUUAUGUCCCCGCUAGCACAAAGUAUCGUUGAUUUUUUAUAUUUUUUCUAGAAUAUUAAAGUUUUUACCACUUUUAGAUCAUGCCUUCUUUUUCAGAAUAGGUUGAAGGCGCUAUUGUUAGUCCCGAUUUUUUUAUGAACCACGUCAACCUCCACACAAAUUAUCCCUUUCUUCCUUGCAAGUGAGUCUUCAAAGGACUUCGUUGGGGCACACGCGGUGGCCCUCGAAGGUGAAAACGCCUUCACCUCUUUCUCAGUGUGUUCAACAAGCAAAGAAGCAUUAUUUUCAUCUUUCUUCGAAAGGACGUGAUGAACUGAAGAGCUACAUUGAGCGGAAUAAGUAAGUAGCUGUGAGCGAAUAUGAGAACAAUAAGGUCCUCCAUUACAGAAGAUGAACAAAUCCUCCCGAAAACGUAUUUUUAUCAAGAAUGCGAUGGGUGGUUGCCCCCGACGACAAAAUUAUAACAAGCUUUGUAGAUGCACAGGCUGGUCAUCUACAUAGUCUUCAAAUGAAGAGUCAUCACAUAUUCCUUCUUGUCUACAUUACGACGCUUUCCAUGUUUUUCUCUCUAACUCUACUGUUAAAUAAUGACAGUAAAAACAU